AUGGCACCUCUUCGGGUGCUGGUCGUCCUGCUAGGAUUCCUGCAAGAGUCCUGCGCUGCAGGAAGGUACGCGAGGUAUGGCCCUCUAGUGGCUGCCAGGUGUGAAGUGAGGUGUUGGACUGAGAAGAAGAAUACGUGCAUGAAAGCCUGCCUGAAAGAAGUAAUCAAACCAGGAAGCUGUCCAUACAUGAAAUCUAUUUCAUCGACGCAGUAUCCAGGUACUUGUGAAAGAAGAUGUUGGAGUGAUUCGAACUGUCAAGGAGUGUCGAAGUGUUGUCACCAGUCCUGUGGAGUGAACUGUCAACUACCUGUUGACUUAGAUGCAGUUUUAGGUCUACCAGACAUUCCAAAGGCACCCAGAGUAAUAGAAAAACGAAAGAAAAAGAUGGUCAUCAUAGACUGGUCGACAAAUCAACCUCCCCAGGACACCCUGUAUUUGCUGGAGGAGCGUCAUCACACUGGAAAGUUCUUCAGCGAGAAGAAUAUGAGCGAUUGGAGGUUUUGCUUCAAGCUGAUGAAGCCCAGAAAAGCCUUGAGGCAUUUCGUCAAACCUGGCAGGUGGUACCAGUUUAGGGUAGCUGCAGUAAACCGAAAUGGCACAAGGGGAUACUCGAAUUCUUCUCUGCCCUUCAGGGUUUUCACUAAUCCCAAACCACCAAAAGCACCCGACAAUGUAACUGUAGAACCACUGGUGAAGGCGAAUGGUAGUUUGAGUACAACUAUAAGAUGGACUCCCCCUGUAUCUGAUUUACCAAUCCUCAAGUACAGAGUGUUCUGGAGUAGAAGGAUAUACGAUAGUAUGGCGUUAGACUCUGUACUCAUCUAUCAACAAAUAGUUCCUAAGACCCAGACUUAUCUUCAACUUCAGAACUUGCAACCAAACAGUCUGUAUUUUUUGCAAGUACAAGCAUUAGUUCAGUUCGGAGUAGGUAGACUGAAAGGAGAAAAAUCCGGUCUAGUCCUGAAUACUACGAGUUACAUAAAUGAGGAUGACAACGCUCUCGUCUUGGAUGCUAACAAUGAUAACCUGGGGGAAGUACAGCUCCUCAGAUUGGCUUGGCAGAAAGGAAAUCUCCAAGCUCGUGUGGUAUGGAAGCAUCCUGGAAAAUAUUCCAAUAAAUAUCGCAUCAAAUGGUGGAGUUCCCCAGGCCAACCACGUAAAAAUAGGUUGAAGGCAUUCAAACAGUCGGUAACCAUCAAGGGUUCGCAUUUCGAUAUAUCUGAUCUCCAAUUCGACUGUCAAUACCGAAUAAGCAUAAAGUAUAUUUCCAAGAAGAGGAGAAGAGCAGAAGAAGAUGCAUUCAUCUCCUUCACAACACCAACAUGCAGUGUUUUACAAAAGUCUCUCAGAAGGUUGAAAUGCAGUUAG